AUGAGUGACCAAGACCCGGUCCCUACUAGCCCAGACCUGAAUCCGAUUAGCCGAUUCCUGAUGCCUACUGACCAAGAAGACUCGGUCCCGAUCAGCCGCUUUCUGAUUCCCACGCAGUCGGUCCCUACUGCUCGAAACCCGGUGCCUAUUGGCCGAGGCACGGUCCCGCCCGACCAAGAGAUUUAUUAUCCGAUUCCAAUGUUUGCGCUCCUCGAAAAUGUCGACUCCCGCGUGUGGUUCUUUGCGUUUUCGAUCGGAAAUCUCGGAUUGAGAAUCUACCAGAUCCAGUACCUCGUCCCAUAUGGAUUGAACUUGGAAACUAUUCACAUUCCGUUCAAUUUGGCACUUGCGACACUCCAAUUCAUCGCAUCGAUCACCAAUGGCUAUGCAGCACUCAAGACGAUUCAUUUUUAUACGGUCAGUUAG